AUGUAUACCUACACUCCCACUGCCAAAUUCCUUGUUCUCUCUCCUCUUCAACGCACCCCUCUCAACAAGUUCCUCGUCCUCUCUCCCACUGAGUCUGGUCCCGAGCAGUAUGAGAGCAGCCCAUCUUCUGCCAGCUCCACGGGCGCUUCUCAUGUCCGUGAUCGCUCCGAUAGUCAGUCUUCCACCAGCAGUGAUAGCUCGGAGACAGGAAGUACAUUCUCCCUCGAUGGCAACUUUCUCUAUCUGGGCCACCGGGCCCGUCCCAAGCCUAUUGUGCCAGUCGAUGCUGGAAUGAACCAGACCAACGAUACCCCUCCUCCUGCGCAGCACAAGUUCAUCAACCUGUCGCCUAUGUAA